AACUUUUAUUAAAGGAAAGUUUCGAUGUUUCGAACGUAAGCACAUUAUUGAUCAGCAAAAUUCUUUCAUAAACACUACGCCCUUUCCGAAAUUUAUCAAAUACUGAGCAUUUCGCUGCCUAGACCUAGUUCUAACAAUGAGUACUGGAGGUGAACAACUUACCUUAGCGAGAGACAUAAAAAGGGCGAUCGAAUUGCUUGAGAAACUGCAGCAAAGUGGAGAAGUGCCCGCUACCAAGUUAGCAGCUCUGCAGAAGGUACUGCAAAGUGACUUCCUGAACGCUGUCCGCGAAGUCUACGAGCAUGUGUACGAGACUGUGGACAUCCAGGGUUCCGCUGAUAUCCGCGCGUCGGCCACAGCCAAAGCGACAGUAGCUGCAUUCGCAGCCGCGGAAGGCCAUGCCCACCCCAGGGUCGUCGAGCUGCCUAAGACUGAAGAAGGGCUCGGAUUCAACGUUAUGGGCGGCAAGGAGCAGAAUUCCCCGAUUUAUAUAUCUAGAAUAAUCCCUGGGGGUGUGGCAGACCGCCACGGAGGCCUGAAGCGAGGGGAUCAGCUGUUGUCUGUGAACGGAGUGUCGGUGGAGGGAGAGAACCAUGAGAAGGCUGUUGAGUUAUUGAAGCAAGCGGUGGGGUCGGUGAAGCUGGUCGUCCGGUACACUCCCAAAGUACUGGAAGAGAUGGAAAUGAGAUUUGACAAGCAGAGAACUGGACGAAGGCGAACCAACUUCAAUUAAUUUGUUGUUUACAUUCAAUUCACCUGAAUGUUAUGUCAAACUUAAGUAUUAUUGAUAUUUUACCUAUCCUAAGUAGGUUUAUGGGAUUUUUAUGUAAGACUUGAAUUUGUUAAUAUAUCAUGGAGCAGAUUGAUAGUGAGAA